UCUCUAUUAUUGUCACAACUCUCAAGUUUGGAAAACCAACCAUUGACGAGCCAUGGCAGAAGCAGCAUCACUCAAACCCUUUUCGUUUCUCUCUCUUUUACUUUUACUCGCUACCACCAUCUCCCUCUGUAAUCUCCAGGUUAUUGCUGUUGAACCAGUAAGCAGUCUCAAGCUUAAUUCUCAUAUUCUUCAGGACUCAAUUGUUAAAGAGAUCAAUGAUAACCCUAAUGCUGGAUGGACUGCUGCCAAGAAUGAUAGAUUCUCAAAUUUCACUGUUGGCCAAUUUAGGCACAUUCUUGGAGUUAAACCAACACCAAAACAGCAGUUGAGGAGUACCCCAGUUAUAAGUCAUCCAAAAUCCUUGAAGCUGCCAAAAUCGUUUGAUUCGAGAACUGCUUGGUCGCAGUGCAGCACCAUUUCAAGGAUUUUAGAUCAGGGGCACUGUGGUUCUUGUUGGGCUUUUGGUGCUGUGGAAGCAUUGUCAGAUCGGUUUUGCAUCCAUUUUAACAUGAACAUAUCCCUUUCUGUGAACGAUCUCUUGUCUUGCUGUGGCUUUAUGUGUGGAAGUGGUUGUGAUGGGGGCUACCCCAUUUCUGCUUGGAGAUACCUUAACCAUCAUGGUGUUGUGACUGAAGAGUGUGACCCGUAUUUCGAUAAUACUGGCUGUUCUCAUCCUGGUUGCGAGCCUGGAUUCCCUACUCCGAAAUGUGCUAGAAAGUGUGUUGAUAAGAACCAGUUCUGGAAGAAUUCAAAGCAUUAUAGUAAUAAUGCAUACAGAAUCAAGUCCGACCCCCACAGUAUUAUGGCUGAAGUUUAUAAAAAUGGCCCAGUUGAAGUUUCAUUCACCGUUUAUGAGGAUUUCGCUCACUACAAAUCUGGAGUUUACAAACACAUAACAGGAGAACAAAUGGGAGGUCAUGCUGUUAAGCUGAUUGGAUGGGGAACUAGUGAUAACGGGGACGACUACUGGCUUCUUGCAAAUCAGUGGAACAGAAGCUGGGGUGAUGAUGGUUACUUCAUGAUCAGGAGAGGAACAAACGAGUGCGAUAUCGAAGAUGAUGUGGUUGCUGGCAUGCCUUCAAAGAGAAAUAUUAUCGAAGAGGUUGCAAGUGCUGAUGCCUUUUCGGAUGCUUCGUAUUGAUUUUAAAACUUUUCAUUUACGCUCAAUGUUCCAGCAGAAAAUAAAAGGACACCAACAUUUCUACUGGUAUCAUCAUAUUACUCUGUCAAUUAAGAAUUCAACUAUUUUAUUUAUGGAUAAGUUGGAAUCUGUCUUCUGUAUCAUACAAUGAAUACACAUGACCAUGUUAAUGAUAUAGACCAAAGAAUAUACUAAAGGAGUUCAACUAUUAUAUUUUUAACUAAUGGAGUCCAUAUAUCUGCCAUGGUCACCAUUUUCUUUUGAA